UCCAAAUUCUUCAUCAUCACUUCCCAAAGUCGAAAAUCUACUCAACCCUAAAACAGUAAAAAGUUCUCCCACACUCAAAUCUCUCGCUGUAAUCGAGUAAUUUCUUCUUGAUCCCUUGGUUUCACUUUUCAUACGUCUUUCAACUACGACAGCAGUUUCUGUCUUAAUCAGAAGAUGUCAUCGAUGAUGCCAGACUGGUCUCAGCUCCCGGAGGAGCUACUUCCACUUAUCUCCAAGAAACUUGAGGAUUACUGUUUUGAUGUCGUUCAUGCUCGUUCUGUUUCCCGCACAUGGCGAUCUGUAUUUCCCUUUCCUUCUUGCCUAGUACGGCCAAGUUAUUCUCUUCCGUCGUUCGCUGACUUCCCUUUAAAAAGCAAAGAAUUGUGCACCCUCGAGAAGGUCCCUUUGUUCCUCUUUAGACUCCGAGCUCCUGAUGCUUCGGCUGCGUUACCGUUUGAGUAUAUUCUGGGAGGAAUAGGCCGAGAUGAUUCAGUGGAGCUGCUUCCAUCUCCUCUUCAGUGUAGAGUGAAAGUGAAGAUACAAGGAUCUGAGCCAACCUUAAUGAACAUGCUAGACUGCCAGAUCAUUCCUCUAGGACAUCAGUACAGAAUGAUCGGUUGGGAUCCUGAGAGAUGGAUAAGAUAUUACAGAGGUGUGGUUUUCCUUCCGCUAAACAAUGAUGGAGAAUUUGUUGUGCUCCUCAGCUACGCUAAAGUUUUGUUGGUGUUAACAAGUGCCGAAAUGAGGUGGAAGCGGCUAACGAAUGUCCCAAACUAUCAAUGCACGGAUUUAGUCACUUACAGAGGCCGGUUCUAUGCAGUUUUUUUAACCGGAAAAAUUGUGGUUAUCGAUCCUUACUCGCUGGAAGUGACUCCCUUGAUGCCUUCACAGCCUCUGCGCUCAAGCAAUUAUCUGAUUCCAUCUGGCAAUGAUGAUGAGCUUUUCCUGGUUGAGAAUUUCAACCCGAUUCCUGAUGCUGAUGAAUUAGAUUUUAAUCGGUUCACAUGUAGAGUAAGUAGGCUAGAUGAGGCGGCUGGUGUAUGGGUUGUUGUCAGUGAUCUGGGAGACCGUGUGUUGUUUGUGGGACACUUUGGGAAUACCUGCUGCUCGGCUAAGGAGCUUCCUGAUGGCUGUGGUGUGACUGGGAACUCAAUUUUGUACACCAAUGGAGGCAAUGUAACUUUUGCCUACAAAUAUGGAGUACAUACUGGAAGGCCGGAAGACGAACUCAAUAUUUGGAGAUUCUCAAGAGAGAAACGUGUGACGAUCCUCAGCACAUCUCCGGCGCUGGCUCUCCGCGUUGAAGACCAUUUUGAAAAUCUCGCUUUGGAUGCCUGAGACUUACUGUUCGUUUUGUAUAUAUUAGCUUUUGUUAUCUUUGUUGUUCUGUUCUGAAGUGUGUGUGUGUAUUUUGUGUCACCACGGUAUGCUGAAAACUAGAUAACUUUUUUUUCAGUUUCAAUUUUAGUUUUUUCUCUAACCAACUUACUUUCUCAAGACUAGACAGCCAUAUGUUUGGCUGUGUUCUUGGUAUCAGGUGGUCAUGUUUGUGUAGUUCAAGUAUACCAUAGCUAAGCAAGGAAGAUAUGUUGAGGAUUGUUGUUUGUUUGACAGCUUUUUUUUUUUGGCGAAGUUUGUUUGACAGCUUUACCAACUGAGUU